UUCACCGGAAGCAUGUCCUGGAUUCUGGCACCGAGUGUGCUGUUGGAAUUGGUUCCUAGAGAAGGUGAAAGCGAUCCGGUUGAUAACGGAGUCUAGGCUACACGAGUUAUUUAGGAGUAACAGAAAAAGACAGUGGGGAGACCAGAAUAGAAAAAUUUUCAAAUUUCAGGCAUUUCUAAAGGAUGUAUAAGGAAUUGCAGGUAAAGUUCUCGCGAUAGUCUUAUAACAGCCUAGUAGCCGUCUAUGCGCCUGGGCUGAAAUAAAGUCUCGCGAGAUCUCUGGAGUGGCGGACCCGAAGACGCGGAGGAGUCGUGAUCUCACGAAAGGGAAGAGCUUGGGAGCACUCGCGAGAUCUGAAUACCCCGACCCAAAACGCUCUUGGGAAGUUUAAGGCCCAAAGCAGGUCCCAGGGCCAAUGGCCGGAGCUGGGCCAACCAUGCUGCUACGAGAGGAGAACGGCUGUUGCAGUCGGCGUCAGAGCAGCUCCAGCGCCGGGGACUCGGACGGGGAGCAGGAGGACUCGCCGGCUGCGCGUGCCCGGCAGCAGCUAGAAGCCUUGCUCAACAAGACCAUGCGCAUUCGCAUGACAGAUGGAAGGACACUGGUCGGCUGCUUCCUGUGCACCGACCGCGACUGUAAUGUCAUCCUGGGCUCUGCGCAGGAGUUCCUCAAGCCGUCUGAUUCGUUUUCUGCGGGGGAACCCCGUGUGCUGGGUCUGGCCAUGGUACCGGGACAUCACAUCGUUUCUAUUGAAGUCCAAAGGGAGAGCCUGGCGGGGCCCCCGUAUCUCUGACCACAAUCGCACUUCUCUCUGAGACUAUUAAAACCUAUGAUCAAAGUG